UGUGCUGUAGGACCUUAUCACGUCCUGACUUACAAGGCGAACAUCAGUAUGGACUCACUAAAGAUAGCUCUUCUUCUGGCCGUCCUAGCUGUCGGCCAUUCGGCGAAAAGACACAGCCUUUUCCGGCCUUUGACCCAGCGAGUCGUGUGUCCAGCCAACGAGUUCCAGUGUAAAGAUGGUUUGGCUUGUGUGCCCCUGAAGUGGACCUGCGACACUGAGGCCGACUGUAAUGACAGGUCGGACGAAGCACUCAACUGCCCGACUGACUGCUCACACGCCAACCAGUUCCGAUGCGACGAUGGUGAGUGCGUGUCCAGAGACUUUGCCUGUGACGGUGGAAACGACUGUCAAGACGGAUCAGACGAGCAGAAAUGUGCUGAUUUCGUCUGUCCUGACGGUGAGAUCAAGUGCGACAACAACAUUUGCAUCGAGUCGGUGUGGAAGUGCGACGGGGAAGACGAUUGCGGGAACGGAUGGGACGAGAAAAACUGCAGCAGUUGAAGGGUUAACUUUAAGGAUGUCGCACGUCAUUUCAGGGGUUAAUUUAAAUACGCGUGGGGUUACACAAAUGUAACAUGAUAACUGCAAUUUAAAUGGUUGAAUUAUUGUUUUAAUAU